AUGGGCAUUCUCGAUAAGAUUGCAGAAAUUGAGCGUGAAAUCGCACGUACACAGAAAAAUAAAGCCACAGAGUAUCACUUAGGUCUUUUAAAGGCCAAAUUGGCCAAAUACCGAGCUGAGUUGUUAAAACCCGUUGAUAAGUCGCAGAAGGGCGAAGGUUUCGACGUUCUCAAGUCGGGAGAUGCACGUGUUGCUCUUAUUGGCUUUCCGUCAGUGGGAAAAUCGACUCUUCUGAACGCUCUGACCUCUGCAAAUAGCGAAUGUGCUGCCUAUGAGUUUACUACACUCACUUGUGUCCCAGGUGUGAUUGAGUAUGAGGGAGCCAAGAUACAAUUGCUAGAUCUACCUGGUAUCGUCGAGGGAGCUGCUCAAGGCAAGGGUCGUGGUCGUCAGGUGAUUGCAGUGGCUAGAACUGCUGAUCUCGUGCUCAUGAUGGUCGAUGCUACGAAACCCCUCAUUCAACGUGAACUUCUCGAAAGGGAGUUGGAGAGUGUGGGGAUUCGUCUGAACCAACAGAAACCCAACGUCUACUUCAAGCAAAAGAAGACUGGAGGAAUGCAAAUCAAUUCGAUGUGUCCGCUGACGCACAUCAAUGAGAAGAUGGUGCAGAUGAUUCUACACGAGUACAAAAUCUUCAACGCCGAUAUGGUCAUUCGUGAGGACAUUACGCAGGACCAGCUAAUCGAUGUGAUUGUAGGCAAUCGAGUGUAUCUGAAAUGUCUCUAUGUGUAUAACAAAAUCGACCAAAUUUCUAUAGAAGAGGUGGACAAACUGGCACGCGAACCGCAUUCAGUGGUUAUCAGCUGCAACCUGAACCUCAAUCUUGACUACUUACUCAAAGUGUUGUGGGAGCAUUUGGAUCUUAUUCAAAUUUACACGAAAAAACAAGGACAAAAGCCGGAUCUGGAUGAGGGUAUAAUUCUACGAAACGGAGCGACUGUGGAGCAUGUUUGCCAUUGCAUUCACAGGUCGCUGGCAAGCAAUUUCAAGUAUGCCCUUGUCUGGGGAACUAGUGUGAAGUUUAGUCCACAACGCGUGGGUCUUUCAAAUGUCGUAAAUCAUCACGAUGUCAUUCAGAUUGUAAAGAAGUGA